GAUGUUGUUGGGUAGCUUUUAAAUCAUGGAUAAAUACUCUUUUAACCAUUUGAUAAGGUUUUCAAUGUGGUCUGAAUUUACAUUUCCUUGGUUGACAGAAAAAUGUGAGAGAAAAACUUGUGACUUUUUCAUGUGUGUUCAAAGCAAAAACAUUAGAAACGAACUGAUGAUGCAGUGUGAAUAUGUUCAAGUUUUGAUCAGUUUUGUCAACAAAUGAGUCAUUUUCGUAUCUUUCUAAAAGAAAAAAAAAAAAAAAUACAAAAGUCAUAGCAACGGUUUGUCUAGUAGACAAAAUUUUAGUCUUGGUAAGGCUUCUCGACAAUCUAUUUCUUUUGUUUUAGUCAAUUUUGUCAGCUUCAUUGAGUCUUCCUCUUGUGACCAACAUGUGUAUUAAUUUAUGAGUUUCUUUUGCUGAGUCCAAGUUCUUUUAAACCAAGUUGCCCUGUCAUUGAAGAAAUCCAAGCCUAACAAAAGACUUAAUAGCCUUGAAACUUGACACAGAGGUUGAAGGAAGAAAGCCAUAAUCAUACUAAUAGUUGUCAAUACUAGACAUAUUGCAUCUUAAAUUUCAAUUUGAUUGGCAAUCUAGACUGUAUAAUAGAAGCAUUGUGUGAACUGAAGAAAAUUGACAUAUACCAGGUUGAAGUAUCCUCCAUGACUGUCGUAUUAAUAUCUAGAGCGCAUAUAUAGAAGUACAUCUCCAGGUAAAGUUGGACAGAGAAAGUAAGGCCUUUUGGGGCUUACUUUUAAAUAGUAUCCAUAGAGACUGAAACAAGCUUAUAGCCAAUCGAACGCUUGAGAUCUUCCAAUUUACUUCUUCCAACUUCUCUGCAUAUAUGUUAUGUAUUGCUUUUUUUUUCUUCAUUAAAGUUAUGCAUUCUUAUCAGAAUAUCGCCUUGAGAACCCUUUUUGUGUGCUCAUUAUUUUUCUCCUUCGUGAGAACCUCCAUUACAAAUACACUAGGCACACUCUCUCCAAAUCAAUAUAUUAGAGAUGAUCAAACUCUAGUUUCAGCAGGUGGAACCUUUCAACUGGGAUUCUUCAGCCCUGGUAAAUUGACAGGCCGAUACCUGGGGAUAUGGUACACUAUUUCCAAUGAGAUAGUAGUAUGGGUAGCCAACCGAGAAACACCACUUGAUGAUUCUUCCGGAGUUUUAAAGGUCACUGAUCAAGGAGUUCUUGUCCUUCUCAAUAGCUCAAACGGCAUUGUAUGGUCAUCUAACUCAUCAAGAACUGUAGAUAAUCCAGUAUCACAACUAUUGGAUUCGGGAAAUCUUGUUGUGAAAGAUGCAAACGAAACUAACCCUGAUAACUUCUUGUGGCAGAGUUUUGAUUAUCCUUGUGAUACAUUCCUACCAGAAAUGAAGCUUGGUUGGGACUUCGUUACUGGUUUAGACAGGUAUGUUUCGUGUUGGAAGAGCACAGAAGAUCCUGCUCGAGGAGAGUUUUCACUAUGGAUGAGUCCUCACGGUUUACCACAACUUUUUGUUAUGAAGGGAACUAAGAUACAGACUAGAUCAGGUUCAUGGAACGGCGUUCAAUUAACAGGAUCUAUGAGACGAUCAACCCCAUCUGAGUUUGAGUUUUUCUUAAAUAAGGAUGAGGUUUAUUAUGAGUACAGACUCCUAAACAGGUCUAUUCCCUCAAGAUAUGUAUUGACCCCAUCUGGCAUUGCACAGUGGUUCACAUGGAUUGAAAAUACACAUAGUUGGGAACCCUUCUUUUCAACCCAACAAGAUGAGUGUGAAAUUUAUGCCUUCUGUGGUGCAUAUUCUAGCUGCGACACCAGUGAUGCUCCUGUAUGUGCAUGCCUGAAGGGAUUUAUACCAAAAUCGACAGAACAUUGGAAUUCACAAAAUUGGUCUGAUGGGUGUAUUCGAAAUACUCCAUUAGCUUGCAGCUAUAAAGAUGAGUUCUUUAAAUACACUAGCUUUAAAUUGCCAGACACAUCUUCCUCAUGGUUUGAUAAGAGCAUGAGCCUCAACGAAUGCAAGAGAUUAUGUUUGGAAAACUGCUCAUGUACCGCAUAUGCAAAUUUAGAUAUCAGGGAUGGAGGAAGUGGCUGCUUACUUUGGUUCGGUAACCUCAUUGACAUAAGAGCCUUGCCAUCUGAUUCUCAAGACCUCUAUAUACGGCUGGCUUCUUCAGAACUAGAUGACAUUGAGAAAAGGAGCAAGUUCAAGAAGAAAAGGCAAGCUGGAAUUGUAAUCAGCUCCAUACUUUUUCUAGUGGUAAUGCUAAUAGCGGGGUUUAUCUUGUAUAUACGAAAGAAGAAACUCAGAAAUCAAGUAGUCAGAAAAAAGGAUGACCUUGGAGAAGACCGGGAAGACAGAGAGUUGCCACUAUUUGACUUCAACACAAUAGUUCAUGCCACUAAUGGCUUUUCAAGCAGAAACAAGCUGGGAGAAGGUGGUUUUGGACCAGUAUACCAGGGUACAUUGAUAGGAGGGAAAGAAAUUGCAGUAAAGAGGCUUUCAAAGGAUUCUGGACAAGGAAUGAGGGAGUUCAAAAAUGAAGUUAUACUGAUAGCCAAACUUCAGCACCGCAAUCUUGUAAAGCUUCUUGGUUGUUGCACUCAAGAUGACGAAAAAAUCUUAAUAUAUGAAUUCAUGGCCAACAGAAGUUUGGAUUUCUAUAUUUUUGACCAGGGAAGAGCGAAAUUGCUCGACUGGCCUAAGUGCUUCCACAUUAUUGAUGGAAUUGCUCGAGGACUUCUUUAUCUUCACCAAGACUCUAGAUUAAGGAUUAUCCAUAGAGAUCUGAAAGCUAGCAAUAUUUUGCUUGAUAAUGAUAUGAACCCAAAGAUUUCUGACUUUGGCCUGGCCAGAAUAUUUGGUGCCGAUCAAAGUCGGGGUAAUACAAAAAGAGUGGUUGGAACAUAUGGCUAUAUGCCCCCUGAAUAUGCAGUUGAUGGAAUUUUCUCGACGAAAUCAGAUGUAUUUAGCUUUGGUGUUAUACUGCUAGAGAUAUUGAGUAGGCAGAAGAACAGGGGAUUUUGGCAUCCAGAUCACCAUCUUAACCUUCUUGGACAUGCAUGGACACUAUGGAUCCAAAAUAUUCCACUGGAACUGAUUGAUAAGUCGCUAAGCGAUUCGUGCACCAUAUCCGAAGUAUUACGGUGUCUUCAUGUGGCUCUGUUAUGCGUGCAACAAGUACCUGAAGAUAGACCAAGCAUGUCAUCUGUGGUUCUAAUGCUGAGCAGUGAGGUUGCAUUGCCCCCACCAAAGCAACCUGGUUUUUACACCGAACGAACUCUACCUGAUGAUCCGUCAAGGGUGCGUGAUUUGUCGGAAAAUAAUUUCAGCACUACAUUGUUAGAGGCUCGGUAGAUGAUCUUCAAUCUGUCUGGUGCCUAUUAAUGCUCCUGUGUACCGUCACCAAAAUGUGUUUGGCAUGUAAGCUUGACUUGAACCUUGUAGGCUUAGAUGCGAAACAUUGAAUUAAGAUUAUUCAUAUUGUGGACCACACAUGUUAUUGAGUUAUAAGUUAAUUUGGAGCAGUUCCUACGGCACAAACAAAAAAAUUUUGGAUUGUGGUAGAAACUUUAAGGAGCUAUAGGCUUGCUGUUAUUUUUCUUAGCUCUGUUUUGCUCCCCCAGAGAAGUUAACAGCCAUAAAAUUUGUCUAGAUUUGUAUUUUUAUGGCAGAGACUUAUUGUUUUUGUUGAUAUAAAAUCCUGUAAUGGGGAGCAACUGGUGCCAAUGAUUGGUUGAUUCCCGA